UUUAGUUUUCACUUUCUGUCUUCGGCGGCCCCUUCCCUUUCUCCGUGCGCACGCGUUUCCACUUCCGGUCGCUGCUCCCCAGGGGGCUGGAGAGCGGACGCCUUCCCCCGCGCCCCGGCUUGUUUCGGAAGCGCCUUCCCGCCUGUGAGGCUGACGGAGGGGAACCGGGGCGAGAGCGCGCGGCGGCGGGGCCGAGGGGGGGGGGGGACGGACACCGGAGCUGGGGAGGCGAGGUCGGGAGACGCGGCGGAGCGAGAGAGGGGCCAGGAGGAGAGAGGGACGGGCUGGAAAAGCAUGGCAAGGACACCGAGUGCUGAGCUCAUCUCCUCAGGGAAGGCGGCCGCGCCGGCGACAGGGAAAGCUGAAGUUUGUGUCUGAGAAUUAUAUAGGUAACUACCCUAGGCCAUCUUAUGACUAUGACUGCCACGUGGAUACAGAUACCUACAAUGUUUCUUACAAAAUAAGUCAUUUUUGUGCCUUCAAACUAAGUCACUCAUUACCUCUAUGAACUUUCAGACAACACUGUUAUUAAAUGACCCAGACAGACCUGUCCUUAUAUAAUUGUAGCUUUUCAGCCCAAGGAACCUAAAAGAUGGCAGCACCCACUUCUAAAAGCAUACUUGAGCACAAUAAAAAUGCUCUCAUCUCUCCAUGGAAAGGGCAGUUUAUUAUUCAGGGUUGUUUGCUGUGUGAUAUGACUCUUUGGUCUACUUACGGCACAGUGGUUCCAGUACAACUGCCCCGGGAACUAGAUUUUAAGUAUGUAAUGAAAGUGUCUUCUCUGAAAGAAAGUCUACCAGAAGCUGCCUUUAGAAGACGGAAUUACUUGGAGCAGAAAGUUUGUUGUCAAGAUUUAUGCUUUGAUUUAUAUGAAGUUGAAUUGACAAACAAACAAGGAGAAAACAUAGCUAAGCUAAUGGAAUAUGUUAAAAAUAAAGAAUUGGCACUCAUCAAAUGCUUAGAAGAUAGGAGUUUUUUCAUUUUACUUACAUCAUCAGCCUUAACUCCAGAACCAGGUUUUGGAGCUGAGCAGAUGGGCCUACAUGGUUUACAUUUAUUCCGUGCACCGCAGACAGCAGGAGCAAAGGACUUGAAAGUUGAAGAUGGCAUCUCUUUGAAAGUGAUGCCUCUUUUACCUGCCCUUAGUUAUGCACUUCUGGAAGCAAAGAAAUCACUUUCUGAAGAAGGAAUCCCUCCAAACGUCUUAGUAAAGCAUAGUUUCCAAGAGCUAUACAAAGUAGACAAAAGCCUUUCUUUGAUGGCCCCUCCUCAAGAUGGAGUGAAAGAUACUGCAUCCAGUGGGAGACUGCCCCAUGCUCUUGACUUGCCUCCCCCGCUUGAAACGUGCCCUUCAGAGUCCUUGACUCAGCUGAAGUGUUAUUUCUCAGACCCUGCUGGUUAUACUCUGGACCUCUCUGCUGCUUUGGACUUGUUGGCAGAGCAUCCUCGGUUCCCUUGCAUUUCAGAUGGGAUUUGUGAUGCUGGAUUUUCUUUAGUUAUGACACCAGAUCCUGAAUUUCUUGACUCAGAGAUGGAAAUAAGAAAAGAAACUGAAACAACAGAAAAAUCUGGGAGAAAGUUGAAAGUGAAGAAGAAAGCUGUGACUCCAUCUUCCAGUCAGAGAGUUCAGCCGAAGAGGAAGGCUAGCACGUCAGCUGUUACACUGCCAAGUAAGCGGGUGAGCCUGGGCCGCCCAACUUCUAAAAGAACUGUACCCAGAACUGACAACAGGUCGUGUAACCCAACUCUAAAGCUAGUUAAAGGGCAGUUUCCUCAGAAGAGGAAAAGAGGUGCAGAAGUGCUGACUGCACAAAUUGUACAGAAAACCAGACUAGAGAGAAAAAAACAAGAAGUGUCUGUAUCUAAAGAUGCCCCAGUGCCUACAAAUGCUAAAAGGGCAAAGAAGCAAGAGAAGUCUCUGGGUAGAAUUGCCUCACAGCCUAAGCCACCCGUGAAAAAGUCUCCACAAAAACGGAAGGUCAAUGUAGCAAGAGGCCGUCGGAGUACCAAAGUCAGAAAGCAGCUCCAACCUGCCAAAAAAGAAAUUGCUUUACAUCUUCAAUCAGAAAUUUCAUCAGAUGGUCAAAAAGAUGGACUUAACCUAAGUACAUCUCAACAAGAAAGUAUUGCAAUGAUUCCUAAAGGUCCUCUUGAAAACUCAGUUAUCAGCUGUGACUCCCAGGCCCUAAAUAUGUUGGCUGAUCUGGCAUUAAGCUCUGCUGCUUCUUCUAUACCAUCUUGUAAGCACAGGAACCUUCCCUGCUUCUCUGAUGUGCCACGAAACAAUGUUUUACUCACUAAAGAAAAUCCAUUGCAUGGUGCCUCUGACCAUGAAUAUCAUAAGGGAGUUAAAAGUCAAAAAGCUGUACUACUGCCUAAACCAUACUCUGACGAGAUUAGUUCAGAGUCAGACUUAACGCGUAGCCAAGAAGAAAACUUGAUACCUUGUGCUCAGCCUCUUGCUGUUGCCCAGCCAGCACCCCAUGCGGAAGCCCAGGAAUUGUCAGAUGCAAGUCAGAACUCUGUUGUUGUGGAACAUUCCUAUGCCUUGCUCCUUGCUGAACAGUCACAUAAACAUGUGCAUCAGAGAAAGCUUCCAAGCCCUGCUUUUGUAAAGAAUGGGACAAAGGGCCCUGAAGCUGGAACACCGGUAGGAAAGGUCAUGCCGUUUCGGCAUCUACAGAACACCUCCCCUCUACAAAAGCUUUCUGAAGAUGCAUUGACGAAGCGCAAAAGUCUGUUUGUAUCCUCCACCCUUAAAGAGUUUUUUUGCUCUCAUACUGUUCUUAAAUGUGAUGGCUCCUUUAAAAUUACUUUCAAAUGUGAAGGAGAGUAUGUAUUCAGCUUAGAUAGCAAAUACACCAGCAACCCAUUGGAGAAAACUGUUUUGAGAGCAUUACAUGGACCCUGGAACACUGAUUGGCCUGAAAAUGUGGACGAUGUGAAGCUUUUACUUCAUAUAUGGGUAGCUCUGUUCUAUAGCAAAAAGAACAAAGUCAUCGGGUCACCUCGAAAGGUAGUAGAACACAAAAACCCAGCAAAAUAUGUAUGCAUAAAUAGGUCUUUAGAAUCUUUGGAUCACAGUGAAAUUGAGGAGUUUUCCAAUGUGGAAAGACCCUCUAUUGGAGGGUCUGUAGACCCUCUGUUGGAGACUAAGGAAACACACAUUGGCCAUGCCACCAAUAUUACCUUUCCUGGACCUAACUGCCUGCUUCCUUUCAUUAAUCCACCAACUACCAGAGACUUGGAACUCUGUGUACAGAAUGACCAGAAAGAAGUAUUUACAGGGGAGUGUCACCUGGAUACUUCAGGAAACCAGAAUUUCAUCUAUUGUAAUACUGAGGUAACUGGAGGUAAAGCCAAACUAGAAUUAUCAGAUAAACUAGAGACUUCUAAUGUUGUGCUGCCUGGUGUUGUAAGUGCCCAAAGUAAUGGAACUUGUAUCCCCAGCGAAGAUAAAACCUGUCAGAGCACAAAGAUGGUUUCUUAUAAGUCUGUCACACAAGCCACCUUGACCACAGCUUAUGAUGAGGCUGGCAGUGAAUUGAUGUGUCAGAAGUCUGUGUUCGACAACCUUGAGAACAAAGUUGAUAGUUUUCACCCAUCACUGCUGAUAAAAACAGAUGAGUCUGGCAGUGAAUCGAUGUGUCAGAAGUCUGUGUUCGACAACCUUGAGAACAAAGUUGAUAGUUUUCACCCAUCACUGCUGAUAAAAACAGAUGAGUCUGGCAGUGAAUCGAUGUGUCAGAAGUCUGUGUUCGACAACCUUGAGAACAAAGUUGAUAGUUUUCACCCAUCACUGCUGAUAAAAGCAGGUGCUGUACAGGAUGUUAUCCAGCAUAGCAGCCACAUAAAUAAUGAAUGUCAGCCCUCUGUGGAAAGGAGGGAGGAUAAUGUGGAAUGUAUGAUGGUUAAUCUUGAUCCAGUUACUCUUGCUUUUGAAAAAAAUGCCAAUGUGCCAAUACAUACGAAAGUAAAUACAACUGACAAACCUAAAGGCUUUAAUAUCGAACUGGUUAAACAAGUAUCCCCUGCCUUGAGUAUUCAGUAUCCUGUGUCUGCGAUGGAAGAGGUACAAACACAAAGUUCUAGGAAUGUUCCUUCUCUUGCUAUGUCAGAGUAUAAAGAUAGUAAGUGCCUUUCUGCCUCUUCAGUAAAAAAGGAAACACCUCCUGACAGCCUGUGUCUAUUACAGAAAGAGAGUCCUCUGACAUCAUCAGCUGAUGGAUUGAUAAUGGAGGCACUCUCCUUAGUUAAAAGUUCUAGUUAUUCAUUAGCCAGUAAUAAAACAAAGUGCCCACAAGAUGCCUCUCUACAGACUCAGAAUGGCUUGAGCAUGUCUUUAGAUGAGGUUCUAGAACCAUCAAAAGUUAUAGUCUCAUCAACCUCUGUUACCUUAAGGGAACAGCAGUCGCCUAGCUGUAUUCCAGCGAUGAGUGAUGUAGCGGGUGCCUCUUCAGUAAUAAUGAAUAGCGGCAAUAGUAGUCUAAACCAAGAAAAGAUUUUACAAACAUUUAAUUUAGUGUUUCCCAAACAUACUGGUCUCUCACUGAAUAGGGAAGAGGUUAGCAUGGAGUUUUCAGGGGAAGAUGCUGAUAUUGAUCUAACUCUAACAAUAUCACCACCUACAAGACCCAGUGAGGAGAUAGCAGCUGGUGAAAUUGAACAAUUGCAGAGGACCCCAGUAUCAAAUGUAGGGCAACAGAGUAGAUCUGAAGAAAUGGUUGAACCAGAAGAGCAGGAGAGACUCAUAAAAAACAGAGAAAUGAAUUCAGCUAGCUGUCUGUCAGUGUAUCCUGUGGAAUCCAGAGAACUACUAAAAAAUUGUACCCCUGAAAUUACAGAGAAAUUUAAUGUCACCUCGGUCUUUCCCUUUGGCCCUCUAAUAGAAGUGUCACCAGCCUCAAGUCCUGAUCCCAUAGUACAGAGCGGAGACAGACAGUUGUCUCCAUGUUGUUUAAAACUCCAUAGCUCACAGUCUGAGGAGAGUAACCAGUUCUCCCAGAUGAAGUCAGAAGAAGUAACUAUGCCAGAAAAAGCAAGUCUUCUUGGUCCCGAGAGUCCAAAGGGACAAGAUAAGUCAGCUGAAGUACAAGUGCAGAUCUCAGCGGAAAUGCCACAGAUACCAACUAAUGCAGAAGUAGAAGGCAGACUUAAUGUGCCUGGUAAAGGAACUGAGGUCAGUGUCCCCAGUGAGCAGAGUGAGAAUUUAUCUUUCUUAGAAAAGGUACAGUGCGAUGCAGAGUUAAAUAAGCUUACCUCACCUGCUAAAUAUGGAGAUAAUUUUAAGCCUCUUGAGAAACAUGUAAAAUCGGGAAAUUUGUUGGAGGCAGAUUGUAUCGAGAACAGAAACAUGGAUGUAAAACACCUUGCUUUGGAGUCCAGUGUACCCUCAUGUAGUCCUAGAAAAGUUGUUGAAAAUAAAUCUUUGACUGACACAUUGGUUUCUAUAACCACAAGUGGAAUAGUGAAUAAGUCAUUAAAACAGACUAGUUCUAAAAACAUUAAGGAAAAUGUCUGUGACAGUGAUGUAAAAACAGAGGCUGAUAGUAAUAUGCAGGUUGAGGCAGUGAACUCUGCCUUCAUUGACAAAACUGAUGCUCAGGCACACUCUCACCCAGAAGUCUCAGAGUGUGCCUCUUCCUCUGACAGUGCUCAGCGCACCUAUUAUACACAACCAGUGAGGGUAGAGCCAGGGUUUCAAACACAGGGAACACCAGUUGUCAGGAUGGCCGGCUUACUUAAGAAUAUUGGAGCUGAAUUACAUGAAGAAAGAAUGGGUCUCAGUGCUACUGGACUUCAGUCUAACUCCAUGACUACAAAAGAUGAACAAAAAACAGUGCAUGUGCUACAGGACACAAUAUGUGAAGUAAAAGAGUUCUUGAAUGGUGAUGUUUUCUCCCAAAAUGCCCAUUCUUGCCAAAAUGCAGUAGACUUCAGUAAAAGUAUCAGUGAAGAGCCUUCUGAUUCCUUUGUCCCAGAAUUUGUUGACUCUAUUUGUGGCGUCUACAAAGAACAUACUUUAAUUGAAAGCCCUAGCAUGGUACAUGAAACCAAGGCAGAUGCUGAAACACUGAGCAGGGAUACAGAGAUAAGUGUAAAUGCUUCCAUCUCCUGUGGACCAUGUUCUGGAGACUGUGUUCAGGAUUCUUAUGAUUGUGAAAACUGCAAAUUUGAUGUGGAGAAUUUGAGAGGUAAUCGCGAAAGCCAAAAACAUGCUGUAAAAGAUAGCUCUGACUCUUUCACAAGCUUAAACAACAGUGAUGACACCCGGGCCUGUUCUAGCAAAAUUUCAACGAUUGAGAUACACAUCCCACCCAGAGACCAGGAAACAGAACCACGUCCUAUCUCACCAAAUAAGUGUAUACCACGCUACAUCCAGAUCCCAGAUUCCCAUGGUAUCCCCAAGACUUACACUAACUUUACUAUAACAAAAGAAGUCAAAGAUACCACAAGAAGGUUGCAUAGCCUGAAGAAGCAUCGGAAUUUUAGAGCAAACUGCAACCUCCUCAGCUCCUGGGCUAGCACUUGGCAUGUGACAGAUGACCUUACUCAGAAUACAUUAGACCUAGAGUACUUGCGUUUUGACCAUAAGCUAAAACAAAUAAAGAAGGGAAAUUCUCAGCAGUCUUCCUUCCCUAAGGAAUCGCUCGUCCAAAUCUCAGUUGGAACAUCCCCUUCCACACAAACAUCUGAGACCUCAGGUCUACAUCUUUCACCCAAGAGCAGGAGCCCCAUUCUGGUGACAGUUGUACAAGCAGACACCAGGCAGAAGAGUCAUCACAGAAGAAGUUGCUUACCCAGCAGUCUUGACGGCUCUGGCUCUUUUUGGAAGGAAAAAUGUCAAAGAAGAAAUCUUAAAAAUUCUGAAAGAAGUCAGACUGUUCCAUUCCACCUCAAUAAACUGAAAUACAACAGUACUUUAAAAGAACCUAGAAAUGAUAUUUCACUUAUUCUAAAUGAAUAUGCUGAAUUUAAUAAGAUAAUGAUGAAUAACAACCAAAUUGUUUCCCAAGAUGAAGAGUUAAAUGCAGCUUCUGCAGAAGCUAUGUUCCAGGAAGCAUACCAGCCAAGACAGUCGGUAUCCUACAAAGAUGUGAUCACAGACUUGUGUGCCACUCUGCAUGUCAAACUCAAAGGAGUUGUGAGAGAGGCUUGUAAGAGCCCUUUCUGGUUCUACCUCGUUGAAACAGAAGAUAAGUCAUUCUUUUUAAGAACAAAGAGCAUUCUAAAGAAAGGAGGCCAUACAGAAAUUGAACUUCUGGAUUUUUGUCAAGCUUUUCACAGAGAAAAUGAGACACUAUUAGUUAUCAUUAAAAAUGAAGACAUCAUUUCACAUUUGCAUCAAAUUCCUUCUCUACUGAAGCUAAAGCAUUUCCCCAGUGUCAUCUUUGCUGGAGUGGACAGUCCUGAAGACAUUCUAAAUGACACCUACCAAGAGCUGUUUCGAUCAGGCGGCUUUGUGGUAUCAGAUGAUGUCAUACUAGAAAAUUUAACAUUAGCUCAACUGAAGGAAAUUCUCAAAAUCCUAGAAAAACUAAAUGAAAACGGCAAAUGGAAGUGGCUGCUUCACUACAGAGAAAAUAAAAAUCUCAAGGAAGAUGUCAGGGUAGAUUCAGUUGCACAUAAAAAGAAUUUAAUUCUAAAGUCAUAUCAGAGUGUAAAUAUCAUUGACUUACUUCAUUAUCACAACUGUGAUUCUCCAUCAUCAACAAAAGCUGAAAUUUUGAAAUGCUUGUUAAACCUGCAAAUUCAACAUAUCAGUGCCAGGUUUGCUGUCUUCCUAACAGACAAGCCCACAGUUUCCACAGAAAUCUUUGAAAAUAAUGGAAUCCUUGUUACAGAUGUAAACUACUUCACUGAAAAUAUACAAAAGAUAGCAGCUCCAUUUCGGAGUAGCUAUUGGUAAGAACUUUUUGUAAAACUCCUCUUGAAAACUGGAGUUAUUUUGCAGCAGACACUGCCACUAAGAGGGGGGAAACGCUGAUCAAACAGUGCUCUUUGAUGAGAUUAAUCAGCCAGCUUUAACUUAGUCCAGUGAUGUGACUUGUAGCCAGUCUGGGUUGACCUGGUAAACAGUAUGUAUGAUAUGUGAUGCAUAGGCCUAGGGGGGAACCCUAGGUAGAGUUGUCCCAGUUGUAUUUCUUGGUCAUUUUCUUUGCACUUUUGUGUUCCUACAGGUAAUUUUGGGAGUUGAAACUAUACAUGGAGUACACCAACAAGAACUUCGUAUUUUCCUGUGUCAAAAAACUCCAAAUACAUACAAACAACUCUCAUUUGAAUAAUGUUUUGUUUCUCAUACUUUGCUGUAAUGUCUUAUUUCAUCAUCAUGGACAAUAGUUGCAUUAGCUUUGGGUUAUAAUGUUGAAUAUUGUAAAUUAUUUUCAACCUAAACAUAAUGUGUUCAGAAAUAUUGAGCUAAAUAUUAAAAAUUGAGACCCUCACAUUUAUGUGGCUAAAGCUAAGUCUAUUUUGAGAAAUAGCUGUUUCUGCGUAUGGUCAGGAUUAUGAACUGCAUGUUUCAGAGGUUUUACCACAUUGUAGAAAGUAUAAUCUGUAAUGGUUGUUUGCUGUUACAUAAGAAACACUACAUAGAUAAAAUUUCUUUUGUAAAUGACAAAUUUCUACACUUUUUACACUUGGGUUUUUUAAUGCUGCACUACAAAAAGAAAAUCGAGGAAGAAAUCCUUUAUUUAUGAUAUUAGAAAUUUCUUAAAUCUUUAAAAUACAAACAA